AUGGUCGUCGACCUCUAUCAUCCUGGAAUUUUGCGCAACGAAUCAAACCUGGUCGGCACCUUGGACGCAGGCCACGAAGACCACUUCAGUUCACAUCUCGAGCCAGUAAUCUCCAAAUUGGCCAGCAUACAUGCACCUCCUGAAUUCGAAGUUUACUGGGACUCUGAAGAUCCCGAGAAUCCUCGCCUAUGGCCACUUUGGUACAAAGGCCUCACUAUCGCUGCAAUGAGUCUUGGUGCGACAGUUGUCAGUCUCUCCAGCACGCUAUACACAUCUGGGAUUCCAGGGCUCCAAGAGGAUUUCCACGUUUCGAAGAUUGUGGCCCUCCUUGGUGUCACGACGUAUCUUUUCGGAAUGGGGAUGGGCAGCAUCAUUUUUGCUCCACUCAGCGAGCUUGUGGGACGGCGACCAGUCUAUAUUGCCUCAAUGACAAUAUUUUUGUUACUAUUGUUGCCGAGUGCUUUAGCUCAAAACAUUGAAUCCAUCCUUGUGAGCAGAUUCUUCGGAGGAUUCUUUGGAAGUGCAUUGAUGUCGAACUCGCCCGCAUCAGUUAAUGACAUCGUCUCGGAUAAGCACCGGGCUUUAGCAUUCGGCUUCUGGUCUAUUGGGCCAACCAACGGCCCUGUAUAUGGGCCUAUCAUAGGUGGUUUUGUUUUCCAAUAUCUUGGCUGGAGGUGGACAAACUGGAUCGUUCUCAUCAUCGGGGGACGCGCUGCGAGAAAACGAAAGGAGACACAGAACCCAAAGUGGUGGACACGCUAUGAUGAUGGUGUCGGUUUUGCAUCUUCACUGAAAAUCAAUCUCAAGAGACCCUUUGUGAUGCUCCUAAAAGAGCCGAUAUGUAUGUUCUGGGAUGGCUAUGUUGCGAUUGUCUAUGGCGUCCUUUACCUAUGUUUCGUCGCAUAUCCAAUCGCUUUCCAGCAAGAACGUGGAUGGUCGCCAGGCAUUGGUGGACUUUCGUUCGUCGGUAUAGGUGUUGGUGUCUUAAUUGCCAUUGCAUGCGAACCUCUGUUUCGUCGGGUGAUUAAUCUUCACCGCAAGGACCCAGAAACCGGUAUCGUACAACCAGAGGCUAUGGUUAGCAUCGUCUUUUUUGGUGCUACUCUUUUAGCCAUUGGCCAGUUGUGGUUCUCCUGGACGUGUACUCCAAACGUUCACUGGAUUGUCCCCAUCCUAUCUGGUGUUCCCUUUGGAGUGGGUAACGCAUGCGUCUUCAUUUACGCCUCAAAUUACAUUGCUCGGUCUUAUGGUAUUUACGCUGCAUCUGCACUUGCAGGAAACAUGUUCACUCGAAGUGUCAUGGGAGCAUUCCUUCCGCUUGCAGGUCCAUCAAUGUAUAAGGCUCUGGGCUUGAAUUGGGCAAGUACAAUUCUAGGAAUUGUGGAGGCAGCAUGUAUUUUAAUACCUGUUGUCUUCUACUUUUACGGAGACAGAAUUCGAAAGGCGAGUACCUUUAUCAAAGAGGUCGAAAAAUUGCAGGCAGCUUGA